AUGAUGGUUAAACCGAGACCGGGCACUGCCGGAGCACCGGUAAAGAUAAAUUAUGAAUUCCCUAGCUGGUGUGCCAAAGCUCCGCCAGGAACACAUGUUGACGUGAUGAAGGACGACAAACUUAUUGAAAAACUUCUGAUAGACGAGAAGAAGUUUUAUUUAUUCGGUCGAAAUGCGGAAAUGUGCGACUUUGUUGCUGGGCAUGCUUCAAUAAGCCGAGCACAUUGCGCCCUGACGUACCAUAAAAUCCUGAAGAAAUCAUACAUUAUCGAUCUCAAGUCCGCUCAUGGAACAUUUCUUGGUCCUCUAAGAAUGGAGCCAGAAGUCCCAAAACAGCUUCCUUUUGGAGUGAAGGUCCGUUUGGGUGCUUCUACUCGCUACUACGUGCUUCAAGAGCCAAACGAAACCGGAGACGAAUUGGACAAGUCGAUAACGCUGCCAGAAGAAGAAGAAGAAUUAGAUAAUUUAACAGAGCUCAACACUGCCAGAAAUAAAAAGAUCACCGAGCUCAAGGUAGAAGAUCCGCAGGGCCCAGUGAAGAAAAAUAAACGAAAAAGCGUCACUUUCAAUAAUGAAGAAGAUGUCAUCAAUCCCGAAGACGUUGAUCCGUCAAUAGGAAAAUUUAGAAACGUUUGCCAAGUCACAAUUAUUCCUUCCAAGCGCAAAAGAGAAGGCCCAGCCGCCGCCAAAAUGGGAAUGGGUCAUGCUCCUCCAAGAACUCACACAGUUGCUACGCCUGUCGCCCAAUUAACACAGCCUGCUCAAACUAAGAAACCAAAACUGUAUGAUGAAUUAUCGACCCUUUCGUCGGCACCAGAUCCUGACAGUAUUGCGAAACUUCCUGCUGGUUUCUUCGAUCCUGGUGUGAAGGCUUCCGACGCAGAGGAGAGUGAUACUCCUAAAGCGAAAAAGUAUGGCAAAGAAGCAUGGCCCGGAAGAGGAAACGACAAAGUAGAGAACUUUGGCUUGUAA